AUGGCAUUAACACAGGAAUGCAACACAUUGAUCAACAGUAAAAUUCCUGAAAAACAAAGAGAUCCAGGCAGUUUCACUGUCCCAUGUUCAAUAGAAGGAAUAGAUGUGGGGUAUGCAUUGUGUGAUUUGGGAGCCAAUAUCAAUCUCAUGCCCCUUUCAAUUUUUAAGAAACUUGGGAUUGGUGAAGUCAGGCUUAUCACAGUAACACUUCAACUCGCUGACAGAUCAAUUACUUACCUAGAAGAAAACCUUGAAGAUGUUCUAGUAAAAGUUGACAAAUUUAUAUUCCCUAUAGAUUUUAUUAUUUUGGAUUAUGAAACUGAUAAGGAUGUCCUAAUCAUUCUUGGAUGCCUAUUUUUAGCCAUAAAAAAAGUGCUAAUUGAUGUGCACAAGGGGGAACUAAUGAUGCGUGUGGAUAACCAAGAAACAAAAUUUAAUGUGUUAAACACAUUGAAGUUCCCAGACGAUUCAAAAUCUUGUCAACUCAUUGAUUCAAUUCAACUAUCUGAGGAAGAAGACUAA